AUGUCACUAAACGAGACAACUCUGAACGCUUUGAUGCCAGGUACCCUGUCUGAUCUUCCUCUAGUUCAGACUCUGGAUACCAAGCACACGCAAGAAUGGGCACCAUACCGAGUACUUGAAAAACGAAAUGACGAGAUUCGAUGCCUCCAUCUCAUUCCUGGAGCCUUUGAAGAUGAACUCAGAUGCGAUUUAUCGAAGGUGUCCCUCCGAGACAACCCGCAGUAUGAAGCUCUUUCGUAUACCUGGGGACUGGGUAAUCUGUCAAAACGACCCCUGUAUGUGGAUGGUGUCCGAUUCGAAAUCACCUCAAACUUGGAAACCGCACUUCGACACUUGCAAUAUAAGCAAGAUAUUCGAAUUCUGUGGGUUGAUGCUAUUUGUAUUAACCAAAAAGAUGUGGAUGAGCGGGGUUCUCAAGUGUCACAGAUGGGCCUCAUCUAUAGUACAGCUCAGAAGACCGUCAUUUACCUGGGAAAUGCAGACGAGGAAUGUAAAACUGCCUUGGAUCUUCUUGUGACUUUUUCGAAGGACAAGCAUUUUACUGAGAUUCCUAUUUGGAAGGACCAGGCGAAGACACAGCUUGACUUAGUGAAGCUGAGGUCUCUUGAAAAGCUUUGGAGCCAUCAGUGGUGGAGUCGGAUCUGGGUAGUGCAAGAGGUCUGUCUCGCUCGAAAGAUAUGCUGCCUUGAGCGCAUUGCUCCCUCAGAUAUGGUAGAAGCCAACAAGAUUCUUGCAGAUCACAAUCAUGUUACGGAGAAUCAAAACACCGAUCGUAUCAACAUACAACAUGAAAAGGUCCCAAAUGUCUUACUUCUAUUGAAAACCUAUCGAGAGCGCGAAGCCAUCGAUCCGAGGGAUAAGGUAUAUGGAAUAUUAGGUAUGGCAUUCAAUUCUGCAGAGGUGGAGAUUGUGGCCGACUACUCCAUCAGCUGGCAAGAAUUAUAUACAAGGACCAUCGUGCAGCUUGUACAAUCUUAUCAGCAAACCGACCUUCUAUCAACUCAAUCUCUGGGCUUGAGUCUCGCGAAUAUGGAUGUCGGUCUUCCGUCAUGGGUCCCAAACUGGAGCAUUUCCCAGUACAAGACUUCUCAGACUUGCUCUCACUACUGGCAUUCAAGACACCUACUGCACUAUCGCGCCGGCUCCGGAAUUCCAUUUUUGGUUAUGAGGAUACCGGAGACCAAUUUCAUUUGCGUCAAUGGCAUAUUUUUGGAUGAAAUCGCAGAAGUUAGCGAGGUUUUAUUACCCGAGGGCCCAGACGAUGAAGAUAUACCGGCUCUGAGAAACACCUUUCAAAACUGGGAGGAAAAACUGGCAGAAAACAUGCGAGACAGCAAAAAAUACAUUACUGGAGGCACUUGGCAAGAAGCUUUCUGGAAGACUGUUGCGGCUGAUUUGAUUGCUUUCAUCCAUAGCGAGAUACGAAAAGGCGACAAUAAACAGCCUGGUCAUACAGUUGAAGAAAUGGCACUGCGCUUCUUCCUCCUGAUACGGUAUACAUUCGGAAUUAAAUCCUCACUACGAUGGCCUGAACCCUACCGCGAGCAUGGACGCAGUGUUUUGGAAAGUGCUGUUCAGCACAACUGGGAUGGAAUCAAGAGGGUGAAACACAUGCAUUCUGCCAUUGAGAACAGGAUAUUCUGCUUGACCAAGUCGGGCUGCUUCGGGACUGUACCGAAAGAAACCCAGCUUGGGGAUUCUGUCCACAUAGUGGGCGCGGCAAGCACACCAUUUGUAUUGAGGAAAGGAAAUAUACAAGUCAAAGGGAGAAAUAAGUUAGGAGAUAGGAUUGUAGGUGACGCACAUUUCCAUGGUGUUAUGGACGGGGAAGCCAGUCGGGGUAAAACUCCCUACAUUUUGAAGUAUUUAUUAUACUGA